AUGUCUUCGCGAGGAUUGAAAGAUGAUUGGGAUUUUAUUGUCGUUGGUGGUGGGUCAGCUGGAAGUGUCGUUGCAUCUCGAUUGAGUGAAAAUCCUAAAUGGAAAGUGUUAUUAUUGGAAGCGGGAGGCAAUCCACCUAUUGAAUCUGAAAUUCCAGCUUUAUUGGGGAGUAUGCAAAAAACCGAAUUCGAUUGGCAAUUCAGUGGGAAAUCAGAAUUGGCAAGCAAAGCAAAUGUCAAUGACACAUGUAGAUAUGCCAAGGGGAAAAUGUUGGGUGGUACAUCGUCAUUGAAUGGUAUGAUCUACACAAGGUGGGGAGGUAAGAAGGAAGACUAUGAUCACUGGGCUGAAAUGGGUAAUAACGGUUGGGAUUAUGAUAGUGUUUUGCCGUAUUUUAAAAAAUCCGAAGGAAAUCAAUAUAAACCGUUUGUGUUGUAUCAAAAUGGUAAAUAUCAUAAUGGCAGCGGUCCAAUGAAAAUUGACUUUUUCGGUGCAGACGGCCUUGAUGCAAAACGAAAAAUUUUCCUUGAUGCUGCCGCUGAACGUGGUCAUCCAAUAAUCGAAGAUAUCAAUGCUGACAAAUAUUUGGGAUAUUUAAAUAUGCAAGCAACAUAUGCAAAUGGUCGCCGGCAAAGUGCUGCAACAUCAUUUUUGAAUGCGGCAAAAGAUCGGAAGAAUUUGCAUGUGAUCAAGCAUGCUUUUGUUGUGAAAAUCCUUAUCGAUGACAACAAUAAUGCGUAUGGUGUGAAAUUUACAUACAAAAACAAACGUAAAUUCAAGACGACUACGCGAAAGGAGGUCAUUGUUUCAGGUGGUUCAUUUUUGAGCCCACAUUUGCUGAUGAAUUCAGGAACCGGGCCAAAGGACCACUUACAAAAACUCAAAAUUCCGGUGAAGGCGGAUAUACCGGUUGGACAAAAUUUGGCCGACCAUCAAUCGGUGUACAUUUGGUUUCAAUUCAAUCCCACGGAAACAUCGCCAACCGCUCAAUUGGAUAGUCUAUAUCAAUAUGUCGUUCAUGGAACUGGACCAUUAACCUCUCGAGGAGUGACAAAUGUGAAUGGUUUUAUAAAUACCGCCAAUACAACUGGACCAGCCAAUAUUCAGGUUCAAGUAUUUUACUAUACGAAAAAUUCGGACAGUUUAACAUCAUUCGCGAGUCGUUAUAAGGAUAGCAUCAAACAAACACUUCUGAAGGAGGCUUUAACUCAUGAUCUUGCCGCUGUGAUCAUCUCCAAUAUUCACCCGAAAUCAAGAGGUGUCGUCGAAUUAAACCACAAUUCAGUUCACGGCAAGCCAAUUGUGGAUCCACUAUACUUUAGCAAUGCAGAUGAUGUCGAGGCAUUAUUGCAAGCCAUGAAGCAACAACUUUCUUUUGAGAAUACCACAUCUUCGAAUUCGCAUCAUUACGGAAGUAGCCGAAUGGGACCGACUUCUGAUCCGACAUCAGUCGUUGAUCCACGUCUGAAAGUUAAAAAUAUUGGAAAACUGCGACAAAUUGAUGCUGGAGUUAUUCCAAGUCUCGUGUCUGGAAACACAUAUGUAGCCACGAUGAUGAUUGCGGAGAAAGGAAGCGAUUUCAUUAAAAGUGAUUAUGGAUUCAUUCCUUGA